CCGUCUGCCAUCGAGCCUCUCCGAAAUAUCACGACGUUGUACCCACCUUCUUUGGUCCUUCCUUUGCUGAACGCCAUUAUGGACCUCGAAGCAUGGGAAGCAGUGAAGGCCGCACACCGGGAGCGAUCUCACGACACAUAUGACGAAGCAUUUCCACUGCUCCAUCACGAAAAAUAUAGACGUGAAGUAGACGCACAGACGGCAGCUCUCUUCGCAAUGUACGAGCCAUCAAAGGAUCCCGCGACACUCAAUUCAAGACUAUAUCAGCUUGUUCUUGACGGUGUUCACUCCCGCAACAAAACCAACACAUGUCCAGAUACAGAACCCACUUACUCAGUCGCAGAGCGGACAGCUGUAGAGGUUUGGAGGCAACGAGUUCGGAGCCAAGUCGCCACCCGUAUUGAUAGGUAUCCACCUCUCAUAGCAGGCGUAACAAGCACCUCGAGCAAGCCAAAAAACUCCCCACCAAAGAGGUCGGAGCACCACGUUUUUCAGGUUCCUGAACUACUCGACUUGAUCUUGCACUUCGCAGGCCCUGAGGCUCAGGUACAUGCUUUGGAUGUCGCUAUCGCCUGGCGCACCUCUGCUAUCUCCGUCAUUAGCAAUCCAAGAAACGUGUCUGGUUUCCGUUUCUCACAUCCUUACGCGCCGGUUGAGUACGGACAGACUAUAGAUUCUACAUUUGUGAGCCAGCGACCAAGUUCCAAAGAGGUUGAAGAGUUCGGAGCACAUCUUCGCAGGUUGAUUAGGAGGCAACCAGAUGUUACGUGGCGCAAAAGAUACUUGUAUUUCCCCGCGCGAAUAAGUCAGCUUUGCGAUCUACCGGAUAACAUUGCCCAAGCGCUUAACGAUCUGGAUGUUCAACAGCGACAUAACUUGCACGGCCGCAUUAACUCCAUAUCCCGGACUGCUGACAACAUAUGUUGGUUAGAUUUGAGUCAGUUUGUGAUCAACCCCUACUUCAAUCAUCUCUUCGCAAAGGAUGACCGCAUUAAGCAUCGCUUUGGUCGAUGGGAAAUUACCCUUCGCCCUUCGAAUACACCCGAUGGUCUCCUCUUCGCUAGGUCAUCUGCUACUAGUCUACUUCUUGACAACAUUGGAUCUAUGCACAUUACCGACCCUCCGUGUCAGACUUUAGGCAUAUAUCACUACGACUCCAGCACGGAGGCAUCUCCUAGCUUCCAGGUGCUCUUGAAAAGGAUUAGCAACAGUAACGGUGUACGAGUCUCGGACAUUCACGACGCCUUAGAGCAGCUCACUCCAGGGGUUUUGUCGACUUGGAGGCGCAAUGCUGGGGAUUUACAUGAGAGAGUUCGAGAACUCCAUUGGAUCGACAGUGUCUGGUGGUUGCCGGCUACACCAAAGAUCGUAAUCCGCCUCGACAACACCGCCAUGGUGGUAGAUCCAGACUUUGAUUACGAGGAACUUAUGUCCGGCUCUUCAGCCGAGGUGGCUCGGAGCGCGGUAGCUGAACGGUACGGAUACGGAUUUCACAUCACUCGCCUCGCGUAUAUGUCAGCCGAACCAUUCAGGGCAACUAGACAGGGCGAAUGGGUCUCAAACGACUUGUUCGAGCCCAUGAAGAGCACCACUGGCCGUUCCCCGAUCAACUGGGACCUUUAAGGGCGCCGCAUUUUGGAGGUAUACGUGAGAGGGAAGGAGUGUACUGCACAAUCUCCAUCUACAUACGGCGAGAUCAUAAGAUAUAUUCGGUUAGCUAAGGUCCGAAGAUGGGAAUAUUGUACUUUGUUUCAGACGAUUUCCGGAUAUGCGGUCAAUUUACGCUCCUUGUGUUAACUUCUGGGCAACAAAACUAUGUGGUUUUAAUAGUUAUCAGAUUGUUCAGCAAUUGGUAUUCCCAGUAUUCAACACAUAUUAUCACACGCCUUGGUCGAGAGCAUUCUAGGAUGUAAACGCACACUGCCUCUGUUUCCGCCUCUUGUUGACACGUCCAUGCCCUCUAUGCUUUAAGCAGUUGAUGAAGUCGCAAAGCUUCAUCCUCUUUUUAACGCUCUACCUAGGCGCCCUCGACACGUGCACCAUUCCAUACUCUCGCUACAAUAGCUACG